AUGCGCCGUGACAAGACUCGAAGCCAAGUCAGGGCAGCCCAAGUCCUUGCCAAGGAAAGAGCAUCUGGUAGAGCAGACUUCCCGGACAUGGACGCCUCAGCUUCAUCAACACUUUCAGCAGUGCCAAGCAUCUCAGACAAAAUUUUUGAGGAAGUGAUCAAGACCGCGACCAAGACUGAGUCAGACACCGGAGUGACUACCGAAAAUCUGUACCCCGAAAUCCCAAUCGACAACACGAUGGCAAGCGUGGACGAAUACGAACUGUCGAUGUACGACAACGCACUUCGCAGUAUCAAGGGACACAGUGACAACCCCGUCCGAAACUUGGCAGCAGAUAUGGUGGAGGAUCGGGCAGCAGUGGAGGAGGAGGUGGUGGACCAGGCAGAUCAGGCAGACCAGGUGGACUGGGAGGACCAGGAGGUGGUGGCAGCGGGCCAGGGCCAGGACCAGGACAAGCUCUAG